CUAUUACAACAAAAAGAAAAAUCACACGAUGCUUUUUUAUUUAUUUUUUUAUUUAUUUAUUUAUUUAUUGACCUCUGCGAUGGAGGCGCGCGCUAACACCGGCUAGCUCGCUCGCGAGCAUAAUAAACAACAGCCGGCUCUGCCUCGAGCAUGAAGCGCGUGCGGAGGAGACGCAGCUCGGUGUGGGAUUGUUUCGAGCAGGUGGGAAACUUCGUCCGCUGCAUGCGAUGUGACGCCACGCUCAAGUACUGCGGCGGAGCCACCAGCUCCAUGAUGAACCACAUGAGCAGGCACCACCCGUCCUCGUCCACGGCGCCGCCUCCGCCGCCGCUGCUGCUGGACGAGGACGAGAAGCCGGUGAUCUGUGCCGAGGAGGACAGCAGCGCCAGCUCGGACAUCAUGCAGGUCGCUGUGAUGUCUCCCAACGUGAACGCCAACCAGCAGCCCGAGCGGGACUACGGAGAGAGGAAGCGGCUCAAGAGGAGCUCCGUGUGGGACAUCUUCAUCAAAGUGGACGACGAGGUCCACUGCACCAUGUGUGACACCAAGCUCAAAUACAGGAGCAGCACCACCAGCAUGAUGUACCACAUCAAGAACAAGCACCCGGACACCAUGCCCAAUGACGGCGUGUCACUGGCGACCCACGCGGAGGUCACUGAACUCAUCACCAGGAUGAUAGAGAAAGACAUGCUCCCCGUCACCAUGGUGACCGGGGAUGGUUUCCGGGAGCUGCUCGCAUACACCGUGCACAGUUACAAAAUGCCAUCCGCGGGCGACAUCACACGCCUUAUCGAAGGCCACUUCCACGAGAAGGUGGAGGAGCUCGUGGUGCAGCUGGGGAGGGUGGAGAAGGUGGCUCUCACCGCCGAUUUCUGGACAGCCCUCCCGUUUCAGAGGUACAUCACGGUUUUCUGUUCGUUCAUAACAGAGGACUGGCAGGGGAAGUCGGCCGUGCUGCAGACGCAUAAGCUGUCAUCGGACAGCCACGUUACUACAGACGGAGUCACGGAGAUGCUCCUCAGUACCGUGCAGACCUGGGGCAUCGCUGGGAAGGUGACCGCGUGUGUUCAUAACAGCACGCAGGACGUCCUGCCGGCCAACGCGCGCACCCGCGUCACCUGGGACUACGCCGCAUGCUUCGCCACCACGUUGCAGCUGGCAGUCAGCGACGGGCUGAGCGAGGAUCUGACCCGCAUCAUCGUUGCCGCGGGGAAACUGGUCAAGCACUUCGGUCACAGCUUGCUGGCGAGCGAGGCGUUGGAGCAGAAGCAGGUUCAGAUGUGCCUGCCCCAGCACAAGCUCGUCCAGUCGAGCAAAGCCAGAUGGGACACGAUCUGCGAUAUGUUCGAGCGGCUGCUCGAACAGCGGUGGGCGAUUAAAGCCGUCCUCUCGGAUCGCACCAUCACCAACAGGCAGGAGGCGCAGACCCUCGAGAUCGAAGACGACUGCUGGCAGAUAAUCGAGAAUUUCACACCCGUGCUGGCGACGCUGAAAUGGGCGACGACGGUCAUAUCCGCUGAGACGGAGGUGUCCAUUUCAAACAUCUACCCCAUCACGUUCAGCCUCAUUCAGACCCACCUUGUGCCAAAAGAGAAUGAUGUCGACCAAGUCUCUGAGUUCAAGCUCAAAGUCCAGAAGUCGCUUAGAAAUCACAUGGAGGUUGACUCGAAUGACCUGGCCUCCAAACCGGCUCUGAUCGCCUCCAUGCUGGACCCUCGUCACAAACAUCUCAGCUUCCUGACACCAACGGGGAGACUGGCUGCUAAGGUCAAACUGCAUGAGCUGGUUUCAAAAUUAGAUGUGAUAACUACUACUGUGGGCCCAAAGGAUGAACAGCAGGAGACCCUGAUCACACCCGAUAUUAGCCAAGUGGCCAUGCCCUCGCAAGUGAGAAGCGACACCAAAAACACCAUGAUGCUGCUCCUGGGCGACAACUACAGUUCCUCCUAUGCCACGGACUCUGAGGCACAGGUAGAUUACUACCUGAGAGACAUUGCUCCCUCGUUGGACAUAAACCCUCUUGACUGGUGGAGGGUAAACGGACCGAGAUUCCCCAAACUGGCCACUCUGGCGAGACACUAUUUGUGCGUACCUGGGGUAUCGCUGCCGUCUUUGUUGUCGGAGACCGGACAAACAUUUGCCACAAUGCGCACAAGGCUGAGCCCGGAGCAUGUUGACAUGAUGAUCUUUGUAAACAGAAAUGUGUAACUUGCAUGGCCUGGGGAUGUUACUACAUUCCUAUCAUGUACUGACUUACUAAACUAAUAAUAGAAUAAGGAAUAAGGCAGCGAGGGGGCUGGUGAGGUAGACGCCUUGAUUGAAUGCUUCAGGAGUCAGGAAGGAUGGAGGAGACAGCAGGUACUAAUAAUACUACAAACCAUCAUUAAAUCACCGUCAUUUGUAGUCAGCAAAAAGUUAAAAAUGUAGGUAUAGUCGAGCAGUUGAGCUGCAGUCAGAUACUUAUCUAUACCCUCAAGGUAGUUCCCGACAUUAAAACCCAGUGAUUUGUG